AUGUCGGCCGAUAACAGCCCCCCGCCGCCGCCGGCCUCGCCGCGAGCUCUCCCCGUCCUCCCUCACCAUGCGGUCCCACCCACGCCAUCGCCCAGCCCGCCCGCCACCAUCUGCAGCCAGUUGUCCAACGGCAGCCAGACGGCACCAAGCCCAACCAGCUCACGGUGCUCCAUCCACGGCGUCUCCUUCCUGCUCCAGAUCGGACUCACCAGGGAGACGGUCACGCUCGACCCUGGUGACCUCUCGUUGUCUGCCGUCCGAGAGCUCGUCUGCUCCAUCGUGGAUACGAAGUUCCCUGAAUGUGGAUUUUUCGGGAUGUACGACAAGAUCCUUCUCUUCCGUCAUGACCUGAGCUCGGACAACAUCCUGCAGCGUCUGACGUCACCAGAGGAGAUCCACGAGGGCGACCUGGUGGAGGUGGUGCUCUCCGCUCUCGCCACGGCCGAGGACUUCCAGAUCAGGCCUCACACGCUGUACGUCCACUCCUACAAGGCUCCGGCCUUCUGCGACGACUGCGGGGAGAUGCUGUGGGGGCUCGUCCGCCAGGGCCUCAAAUGUGAAGGAUGCGGAUUGAAUUAUCACAAACGAUGCGCGUUCAAGAUCCCCAACAACUGCAGCGGAGUGAAGAAGAGGCGGCUGUCCAACGUCUCGCUGUCGGGCGCCGUCUUGUCCGUCGCUCGUCCUCCUUCCAUCGAGUUCACGCCGACGCCGCAGGAGGAGCGCCCCCUGCUGGGUGCCGGGAAGCGUAACUCCCUGCUGAGCGGUCGGCCCAUCUGGAUGGAGAAGAUAGUCCUGGGUCGGGUCAAAGUCCCUCACACCUUCUCCGUGCACACGUACACUCGUCCCACCAUCUGCCAGUACUGCAAACGCCUGCUGAAGGGCCUCUUCCGCCAGGGCAUGCAGUGCAAAGAUUAAUUUAACUGCCAUAAGAGAUGUGCAGCUAAAAUUCCCAGAGACUGUCUCGGUGAGGUCGACUUUAACGGAGAACCGGCCAGUCCCAGUCUGGACUCCGAGGCGACGAUGGAGGUGGACAACUGUGACAUGAACAGCGACGGCGGCCACAGCAUGGACGAGCAGGACGAGCCGUCCACUCCCGACGACAAGCUCUUCUACAUCGAGGGUUCCUGCACGGACGGAGAGAAAGACGACGAGACGCUGCGAGCCAUCAGCCCGUCGACCAGCACAAACAUCCCUCUGAUGCGAGUGGUUCAGUCCAUCAAACACACCAAGAGGAAAAGCUCCACCGCGGUUAAAGAGGGCUGGAUGGUCCACUAUACCAGCCGGGACAACAUGAGGAAGAGACAUUACUGGAGGCUGGACAGCAAGAGUCUGACUCUGUUUCAGAAUGAAAGCGGAGCCAAGUAUUACAAGGAGAUCCCUCUGUCAGAGAUCCUGCAGGUGGAGCCGGCGCAGGACUUCGGCAGCCUGGCGCAGAGCAGCAAGCCGCACUGCUUCGAGGUGAUCACGGCCAACAUGGUGUACUACGUGGGCGAGGACGACGGCGGCGUGUACCACAACCCGGUGCUGGCGGCGUCCGGCGUUGGGCGGGACGUCGGUCAGAGCUGGGAGAAAGCCAUCCGACAGGCCAUGAUGCCCGUCACGCCCAAGGCCAGCGUGGGCACCGGGCCCGGCCAAGGGAAGGACCACAAAGAAGUCUCCAUCAGCAUAUCAGUGUCCAACUCCCAGAUCCAAGAAAAUGUGGAUAUCAGUUCAGUGUAUCAGAUCUUUGCUGACGAGGUCCUCGGCUCCGGACAGUUUGGGAUUGUCUACGGAGGUAAACACAGAAAGACCGGCAGAGACGUUGCGAUCAAAAUCAUUGAUAAAAUGAGGUUCCCCACCAAGCAGGAGAGCCAGCUGAGGAACGAGGUCGCCAUUCUACAGAACCUCCACCACCCCGGGAUCGUUAACCUGGAGUGCAUGUUCGAGACCCCCGAGCAGGUGUUCGUCGUCAUGGAGAAGCUUCACGGUGACAUGUUGGAGAUGAUUUUAUCCAGUGAGAGGAGCAAGCUGCCUGAACGCCUCACCAAGUUCCUGGUCACACAGAUCCUGGUCGCCCUCAGACAUCUUCACUUCAAGAACGUCGUCCACUGUGAUCUGAAGCCUGAGAACGUUCUCCUGGCCUCAGCAGAACCCUUCCCUCAGGUGAAGCUGUGUGACUUCGGCUUUGCUCGUAUCAUCGGGGAGAAAUCUUUCCGCCGCUCUGUCGUCGGCACUCCGGCGUAUUUGGCGCCGGAGGUUCUCCGCAGCAAAGGCUACAACCGAUCUCUGGACAUGUGGUCAGUCGGUGUCAUCAUCUACGUCAGUCUGAGCGGGACCUUUCCAUUCAACGAGGACGAAGACAUCAACGACCAGAUCCAGAACGCUGCUUUCAUGUACCCAUCGAACCCCUGGAAGGAGAUCUCAGAGGAGGCGACAGACCUGAUUAAUAACCUGCUGCAGGUGAAGAUGAGGAAGCGCUACAGCGUGGACAAGUCACUGAGCCACCCCUGGCUGCAGGACUACCAGACCUGGCUGGACCUCAGGGAGUUCGAGACGCGGCGCGGCGAGCGCUACAUCACCCACGAAAGUGACGACGCCCGCUGGGAGGAGCACGCCGACGAGAGAGGCCUGUACUACCCCAAACACUUCAUCAUGUCGCCCAACCUGGACGACAUGGACGAGGACCCCUAGUGGCGUCCGAGGGGCCAAAGUUUCUUUACAAAGAAAAAAACCAAGAGGAAGUGGUUUGCAGCGGAUGCCCUGGAAACCAUCACCAUGGAGACCGUGAGCUCUACGUAACACGGCGUUGAAUGAUGUGCAAGGUCGCGUCGGUCGGGCAACUGUGUGAGGACACUGUGACAUGCUCACUGCGGCGAUAAUUCAGGUCCAGAGUAAAGAAAUUUAACACGUUUGACCUUUUUUUUCCUUUUUCACUGCCUUUUUUUCUACAAGCCAUAAAUAACCAACAGACCCUGUGAGAGAUUUGUUCCCAGAAUUCAACAUGUAGUCUCGUGAAUAAACAUCUGCACUGCCAGUCAAAGCCGAAGAAGGGCUAGCUAAAAAACAAACAAACAGAGAAUUAAUACAAAUAGGAUAUUUUUAUUACAUCUUUCUUACAUAAAGCUGUGUAAAAGAGGACAUGCUGAAGUUGUUUUAUGUGACGUUUACUGGAACAGAGAAAAAACAAACAGGUCAUUGUCUUGAAUAUUUUCUGAGUAUAAUUUCGAUGUUCAUGUUGGGAUGUCUUUGCACUAUUGGGAAACUCUUUUAAAGGGGAAUCACACCGAAAAUAACUUCUAGUUUGUUAAUCUGCAAAAGUGAAUUGAUUUCUAAAAAGGGGGACAUAUUCUGCUGUUAUUUUAUAUACUUUUAUGAUGUUGGAUGUUAAACAUGGUCAAAGUUUCCACUACUUACUUCGUAAUGACGUUAGAUUGUUGGUGCGUGCACAGAAAAGGCCGUCCAUUGCUUAGUCUUUGUUGCUAAGGUUGUUGCUAAGACCGUAAGUCAGUAAGCCAAUCAGAACAGAGUGGGCUCUUAAAGAGACAGGAGCUAAAACGGCCUGUUAAGAGCAUAGACUGUAUAUAAGAAAUGGACGUAACAUCCGUGACGUCACCCAUUGGUUUGUGGACUGCUGCUCGGAAGCCAAUAGUUUCGGAUCUGAGCAGCGCCAUCUUGAAAA